GACUCGGAAGCGCGAUGUGCUGGGAAGCGUGGCGUUUAGCGGCACCAUCGGCGUGGUGACGCUGGGCGUUGGCUCGAUGGGCGCCGACGCUGUUGCUACAACCGGAGCGGAACAUGGAAUAAGUGCCAUUAUGGAAAACGACACUGCCAUCAAAAUCGUCACCCACGCGGCGCUGGACGGGGCGGGAAUGGCGGCCGAACAUGCCCACACGAAACACCUCAAGAAGAAGGACGCCUUCAAGGCAUUCAAGGCCGCUGGUGUGUUCAACGCCGUCAAAGACGCCAAAGCAGCCGAGGCUGGCUAUUCAAUCUCACCGUACAAUCCCCAAGGAGUCAGCGGCGGGAGCAGCUCCUCCAACCCGCUUCCUCCCCCGUCCGAGCCGCUUCCACCUCCUCCUUACAACGUCGCCGUUGGCCAGACGCAGUUCCAGCCGGGUUACUUUCCCAGCCAGAAUGCGUAUGCUCCGGAUUACAAGGCGCCGAUGUCUCAAUCGCAGGUCGUCCAAGACCCGCAGCUGAUGACACCGGCAGUCUACGGGCAGCAACCUACAACUCCGCAGCACUUUUCUCAGGUCCCACCUCCACCGACCGAUCCAGCCGCGACAAGUACAUUCCCGGCCGUUCCAGUUCCAGCAUCGUACCAACAAACAUCAAGCGGAGGAUAUCCCUCUUACACUGGGCAGACCGCUCAAGGCUAUCAGCCCGCCGUGCCGCAACAAACGACGACGCUCUAUCCACAGAGCACAGGUUCAUCCACGCUCCCAGCAUACAACCCAACUGCGCCGUCUGGAGUCUACGACAUGAAAUCAAUGAAUGAAGCUCUUCCAACCCAGAGCUCGGCCAUGGCCACGUCAUAUCAGCAACCACCCCAGGGAACGCCAGCGGUUCCUCACGGACGUUCCCAGUCGAUUUCCCAGCCAACUCCACAGGCUCACCCGAGCACCCCAGUGCAACCCAACCAUACCGGCCAGACUGACCAAUUGCCGAUGGGAUACCCACCGCCCGUUCAACCAAUAUCGCAACCGCAGUCUGCAACUCCAGUGCUGUCAUCCCAGUCAUAUGUUUCCGGCCAGAGCUAUGUUGCGGAGCCAAGCGCACCGCAAGUUCACAACCCAGUUCAGGCAUCUGAGGGGCAUGCUAUGCAACACACGCCAGAGUAUCAGACACCAGCUACACAGAGACUGCAAGGUUAUCAAGACUACUCCAGCUACACAUCACCGCAGCAAACAGGCACUUAUCAAGGGACAAACCAGGCGCCGCCGCCGCCACCACCUGAGAGCUCGACAAGGAGGGACUCGGCCAUCAGUACUUUGCAACAUUCAUUCACUCCUCAGCAAUACGCACCUGCACCACAACAGGGGUAUUCCUAUUCCACCACGCCUGCUCAGCCCCAGCAACCCCAGUUUCUUCCUCCGCUUCCUCCUCCACCUGGCCCUCCUCCAUCUGGUCCUGUUUCUCAACCCCCAGCGGCUUUUAAUGCCACUCAAACUCAGCAAUACAGUACUGGAGCAUACUCUGCGCUUCAAUCACCCGUGGUUCAGAAUCAGCAACAGUACCAACCCAUUGCUCCACCGCAGCCAUACCAGCAGCAGUACCAGCAGCAGCCGAACUAUCCGCCAACCCCAAUCUCCUUGCCCAAUCAACCUCCAGUUUCGCAGCAUCAACAGCAGUACCAACCGAAUGCUCCCCCACAACAAUACCAGCCACAGUACCAGCAACAACCGCAAUCCUACAACUACCCGCCAACCCCAGCCUCCUUGCCCAGCCAAACCCCCAUGAUGCAUCAACACACUGGCUCGAGUUACUUCCCGCCUCCCCCAACUACGAAACAAUCACAGCCGAUAAACGCACCGCAGCAGGAACAACAGCCCUGGAAUGGACAAGUGCCUGGGCACAUGCCGUACACGCCAGCUACGAGCCCAGGAACUAUGUGGCAACCACAAGCGAUAAGCCAAAUAUAUCCCCAGCAUCAGCAGUAGUGUUUAGAGUACAUAGAUAACGGUUGCGGUCAAUGAAUAUUUAACG